AUGAGCCCAUUAUUUGUGGAGAUUCAUGGAAGUGUACCUACGACAGAAGGAGACCUUCAAGUAAUCAUUGAAAAGCACGCCAGGCUAGAAGAUAUCCAGCGGGAGAACCCUAGGGCCCAAGCUCAAAGAUCUCAUUGGACUAAUUCCGUAGAACAAGCCAGCGGAUCAAAGAGGGGCGGUUCAGCUGAACGUUCUAACGAUGAUAAGAGAGGACGAAGGGACGACCGUCGACGUGAUAACCGUAAAUUCGAAGAUCAAGUUUUCACGAAGCUAAACACCAACUACACUCACAUUCUGAGGGAAAUCAAGGACCGAGAAAACCUGGAAUUGCCACGGUCCAAAGGAAAACAUCCCCCUGGGACCGAUAAGUCAAGGGAUUACUGUGAAUACCAUUGCUUCAACGAGCACCAAACAGAGAAAUGCAAGAAUCUCAAGAUAAUGAUCCAGAAGCUGAUUGACGCUGGUGACCUCAAGCAAUACAUACAGGAGGCAGAAACUGAAGAUAGAGCUAAGCGAAGCAAGCAAGUCCAACUACCCGAAGGAAAUCGAAGCAUCAACACUAUCUCAUGUUCCGAAGCUACUGGACCAUUGCUGACUGCCCAGAUAGGGAAAAGGCUAAGAAAGAAAUUCGAGGAUUACUGUGAGCUGUACAAGAUCGAUGGGGUAGAAGUAGAGGAACACGAGCAGUGGAUGAGCGCACCUAUGACCUUCGAUGCUGAGGAUAUAGAGGAAGACAUGAAAGAUCACAACGAUCCCUUGGUCCUCACUUUACUAGUGGAUGGAUGUAACAUCAGGAAGAUCCUCAUCUAUGGAGGGAGCUCGGUUAAUGUUCUGUUUUAUGACAUGUUCAAGCGGAUGGAGCUGAAUGACGAACAACUGAUGUCUUCUUAUUCCACCAUAUACGGAUUCAAUGGGGCACCAACAAAGCCCUUGGGAGAUAUUGUCUUACAAGUAGAUGCAGGACCAAUGAAGGUUGAUACUCGAUUCAGCACAGUGGACGCACCCUCCCCAUACAACGCCAUCAUUGGCCGAAGAUGGGUGCACAAGCUCAAAGGAGUAGAAGCGACCUAUCAACAAUACCUUAGGUUUCCAACACCCGAAGGGGUAAUGGAAAUAAAGGGAGAUGAGGUCGCCGCUCGAGAAUGCCAGACUAUACAAAAUCAGCUCAAUAAUGAAUAG